GCGUUUUCCCCCCCUGAAUUUUCGGGUAAAAGGCAGUUUAUUGAAAUAUUUCUGAUUUUUUUUAAUUGCCCGGUGAUUAUACGGCGAUUGGAGUUGAUCAUUGGUCUGGGAAUAAUCGGGGAAGGGAUCGCUGGAAUUUUGGGGUUGAUCGAACGAUGUGUUCGGGAAUAACGUACGUCAGACCUAGGAAUUCCAGUGAUAAAGUCUCCUAAGAGACUUUUCAACGUGUUCUUAUCGCGGGUGUGAGAAUCUGCGAGAUAUCAUGGCUGAGAACUCCGGGAAUUCGUCGAAUCAGAUGAAUCAAGGGGCUGGCCGAAUGUUCAACUUUCAGCAUCUGGACUUUCGAUCCAACAAUGACAUUCAGAAGGAGCAGUUUGCUGACAAGAAGAGACAGCUCAAAUUGUCCUUCCCCUCGCAGGGGGCUAGUGUGUCCUUUGGCAAUUCCACAAACUCGAGUAAUUCCAACUCCACUGGAAGUUCAUCUACUCCGCCAGCAGCACGUCCCAUUUUACCCCUGCCUUUACCGAAACUGCCGGCUAGACCGAGAACAGCUCCGCAGCCAACUCAUUUUCCUGAUAAGGCAAGGGAUAAGUUGAGAAUGUGUCAGUCAAUGCAGAGUACAGGCAAAUUACAACUGUCCCCUGAUACAGUUUACGAUUUUACAUCAGAAGAUCUUCAGGAUGUUGGAGAAAUAGGAAGAGGGGGUUUUGGCACUGUAAAUAAAAUGAUACAUAGGAUAAGCAAUACUGUUAUGGCUGUGAAGAGAAUUCGUUCCACUGUAGACGAGAGGGAACAGAAUCAAUUACUGAUGGACCUUGAGGUAGUGAUGAAGUCAAACGAGUGUCCGUGCAUUGUGCAAUUUUAUGGAGCUUUAUUCAAAGAGGGUGACUGUUGGAUAUGUAUGGAACUGAUGGACACAUCGCUAGACAAAUUUUACAAAUUUAUUUAUGAGAGAUUGAACAAGAGGAUACCAGAGUGCAUACUCGGUAAAAUAACAGUGGCAACUGUCAAGGCACUCAACUACUUGAAGGAGAAAUUGAGGAUAAUUCAUCGUGACGUCAAACCGAGCAAUAUAUUGCUGGAUCGACGUGGCAAUAUUAAGCUCUGUGAUUUUGGUAUAUCUGGACAGCUCGUCGACUCUAUUGCCAGGACACGAGACGCUGGCUGUCGACCCUACAUGGCUCCUGAACGUAUAGAUCCCCAACGAGCACGUGGCUACGAUGUCAGGAGCGACGUCUGGUCACUCGGAAUUACUCUAAUGGAAGUUGCAACUGGUUAUUUUCCAUAUCCAAAGUGGAAUUCUGUUUUUGAACAACUUUAUCAGGUCGUUCAGGGCGAUCCACCGAGACUGUCACCCAAUGGCAAUGGCAAUCAUUUUACUCCUGAGUUUGUCAAUUUUGUUAAUACAUGUUUAAUAAAAGAAGAAAAUCAGCGUCCCAAGUACAACAAAUUGCUGGAACACCCAUUCAUUCGUCGAUCGGAGGAGAGUCAGAUUGACGUUGCAGAGUACAUCGGUGGAAUCUUAGACAAUAUGGCUAACAAUGGUGUUACGCCUUUCACAACCAAUCAGCCUUAAAUCCACAGUAGAGUGAGGAGUUAUUAAUUAUUGAAAUUCGUAAGCGUUAGAUACAUUGCAAAAUCCAUGGGCUGUAACCAUCUAGCGUGCUUAAAGUCCAUUCGUUGUCCCGCUUUAGAGACUGUACCGUCGUCGUGUCGUGUCCUCAAUUAAAACUGAAAUUAUUGAAGAAAAGUAAAGAAUUCACGUAUGAAAAAAUUUUUAUCGAAAAAUCUGAAUUUUCCU